UUGCUAUCACUAUCAUUAUCUUUACCAAAGCGAAAAAGAGCCUAUAUCAAAAUUCCUCCUGCGUCAGUUCCGGACGGAUCUUCUCUCCGAGCUGCUAGUUGGCUAUCGGAGAUGCUAGCAGCGUGUGAAGCCGGCGAAGUGUUCGCGUUACUAGAGGGACGCGAUGCAGCCGAUGCUGUCGCCGCGCUGUACAACGCUGUGCGGGAACCCUGGCUCACGCGCGCGCUCUUAAUGUACCACGCGCGAACAGGAGCCACGCGUGCGCUUGAUCUUCUCGCUCGAGCACCGGAGCCGCACACGCGCCAUUUGCUCGACGCUCUGCUGGAGCAACUGCGGGGAGAUCGACAGUCGCGCCACCACGCUCUUGCAGCACUAGCGCCGUUAGUUGCACGUCGGCCGCCAUGGCUGCAUCGCUUGCCUGGUCAUCCGUUGGCAGCCGCAUUACUUCGCGCUGCACGAAUAGAACGGGAACCACUUCCGCUGCUUCACGCGCUACUGACGCUGGCUGCGUUACUCCACGCUGCACCCGCACUAGCGGCCCCUCACUGGCCCGAGCUCGCCGACGCGAUGCUCCGCCCCGCCGCCCUCGAACCGCCACCCGCCCCGCCCGCCCGCGCUCAUCUCCAACUUGCCCAACUCGCUCUCUUCCACGCCCUGUACGCGACGCACCCCUGUACCUUGAUAGAGACUUUACGCGCGGAAUGUAACUCCCAACCCGCGCGCGACUGUUGGGAGCGCGGGCUGUCCCCGUUGCUCCAUUCUGUGCGUCUACAUCCGGCACUCGUAACCGGUUCGCGGCAACGGGAGGCGGAUAGUACGAGAUGGACGCGGCACGAGAUUCACGAUGUGGUCGCCGAGAGCAGACGUCUGUCAACGCGCGAGCAUGUUGAUGAGCGGGUUAAUUCGGCGAGUGUUCAACCUUUAACGCCCGUUGUCACCCCGUCGCCGGUACCGGGUUCCGGCGCUCACGCUGCUCGCGCCGCGGCGGCGUUGCGCCCCGGUGCGGAAUCUUGGUUCGCGCUCACGGAUCGUUGCGGCGCGGAUUCGGCGCCGCACACGCCUCUGCCCGCGGAAACGGAUGUAGUUGAGCCACCGGAAGCGGCUGUCGAGGCGACGCCGGAGAACACGCCCGCGAAGGAGACGCGUGCACAGUUUCGGUUCCCGGGCGAGUCGGGCGCCGUGCGGGCGAUCGGACUACGGAAGGAGGCUUCGCCGCCGGGCACGGGAGACGCGGUGGCGGGGCGGUUGGCCCGCGUGGCGAUUGACCGCCGCGCGGCCGAUUCGCCCGUGCCUUUGUGCGGCGCGCCACCUCCCGCUGGUGCUUCCGUUGCGCGACCACAGCCAAGCCGCGCUACGUUGCCCGAUACCGAGCCGCUCAACGUGGAGGACCGUGAGGUAUUGGAGCUGACGGCUCGCUCGCGUGCUGAAGAGACUUGGCCGGAGGUUGAAGCGGUACCACGAGCGCGCGACCCGCGCCGCCUGGUGCCGCGCCGCCGUGCUGGUGCGGGCGCUGCGCCGCCGCCGCGCCGCGCUGCCUCCUGCAGCGCGCGCCUGCCGCCCGCGCGCACCCACACUGUCGCCGUGCAGACGCUCGACACGUGGCCCGCGCCAUACGAGUUCCUCAUCGCCGACUUCUACCGCGGCCUGCCCGGCCUGCCCGACACACCGAGACAGUCAAACAUCGACACCGAGAAGACUAGUGAUCAUAUAUCACCUUGCGAACGCCUUGACAAAUAUCUGACGGAGCUGUAUUCAGGGAAAACGGCUCGUGGCGAAAACGAACUGAGCGAACAACUUGCGCUCGCCCACGCUCAAUUACUUUACGAGAGGUGGAGACGGGAAGCUCACGCUGAGCGCAACCGCCGGUUACUGGGACGUUGUCGGCAGGCGCGCGCGCUAGAGUUGCAGAACGCCGCGUUACGUGAAAGAUUACGCGUCGCACAGUUGGAACGAGAUGAGCUACGUGCGAGAUUGGCACGAGAGACGCCCGCUCCAGUUCUACCAGUUGCCGCGAGUGAGCGUGAGGCACAACUGGAGGCUGCGCUCGCGGAGGAGAGCGCUGCUCGGUUACGAGCCGAAGCUGCACUGCGAGAGGCUGAAGCGCAGCGUGCGCUUGACGAAGCUGAAUUGCAGCGGACGCGAGGCGAGUCGUUUGAAGCAUCUCGGCACGUGGAGGCGUUGGCGCGAGCUGCUUUAGCGGCUGAGCGGCGUGCCGAACAUGUUCGACGUCUACGACGCGAGUUGCUUAUGCUCGCCGAACGUGAAACUCGUUUAGCUGACGUCGCACGCGCUGCUGCAGCAACCGAAUCGGGUGGCGCAUUAGCCGAGCGUCGAGUCGCUGAAGAGCGAGCGCUGAAAGCGGCUUUAGCACGCGCCGAAGCCGAAGUAGAAGCGAGCGUGUCACGUGCGGAUGCAGCGACAGCUCGUGCGCAUGAAUUAGAAGCAGCGUUAAGUGCGCGUGAUGCAGCCGCUGCAGAGCUGAAGCGAGCGCUGCGUCACGCUGCCGACGAGCAUGCAGCGAGACAGCGCGCACUGCAAGACAAAUACGCGGCGCUCCUGAGUAUCAUACGCACGGCAGAGGCGCGCAAGCUGGAGCGACUGGCAGGCGGUGUGCCGCGGGCCACAGUAGGAACAGGGGGUGCAGGAGGUCCGGUGGGUAGUGCGGCAGGUCCGGUAGGCGGUGCAGGGGGGUCCGCUGGCCUUACGUCCGGAGCUGGCAGACUGCAGUCGCGUGCGCCGCCUGCUUGA